AUCGCCAUUCUCGCGACAGUCUCCGUGGUUGUAGCACGUGUGUUUGGUAAGCGUCUUCUGGCGUUAUUUGAGAAAACAUUGGGACUAUUAAAUACGUGUUUUGCCGGAUUCAUUGAAGGAUUUUAAGUUUUAGUAAUUUAUUGCGAAAAAUAAUUUCAAAAAUUUGUGAAAAUGUCGGAGGAUGGAAAACUUGCCGGUAAGGUUUUGGUUAUUGGCAGCGGCGGCCGUGAGCAUGCCAUUUGCUGGAAGCUUGUACAAAGCAAAAGUGUUUCAAAUAUUUACGCGCUUCCGGGCAGCUACGGUAUUGCAGAAUUAAAUAAGUGUGAAAAUGUGUCUGGAAUUGAUAUUAAAGAUUUUAAGAGCAUUGCUCAAUGGUGUGUUUCAAAUAAUAUUCAAUUAGUUGUUGUUGGUCCUGAGGACCCACUUGCGGAGGGUCUUGGAGAUUCUUUAAAAGAAAAUGGCAUUAAUUGUUUUGGUCCUCCUAAAAUGGGUGCGAAAAUUGAAUCUGAUAAAAAGUGGGCUAAAGAAUUUAUGCAGAAGUAUAAUAUACCAACAGCUCAGUUUGAAACGUUUACCAAUGCUGAGUUAGCCAAAACUCAUAUAAAAGAAUCAUCUUAUAAAGCUUGGGUUGUUAAAGCCUCCGGCUUAGCUGCUGGUAAGGGUGUAAUAGUCGGAAACAGCAUUACCGAUGCUUGCAAUGCUGUGGACAACAUUUUAGGGUCAACAAAAUUCGGUGCUGCUAGUGAUACUAUUGUUGUUGAAGAAUUACUUGAGGGUGAAGAAGUGUCCUUGUUAGCAUUCGUGGAUAAAAACUCUAUUAAUGUGAUGCUACCAGCACAAGAUCACAAAAGACUUAAGGAAGGCGAUAAAGGUCCAAACACUGGUGGUAUGGGCGCUUACUGUCCUUGCCCCUUGGUUUCUGAUCAAGAAAUAAGCUUUAUAAAAGCUAACAUUUUACAAAAAACCGUUGAUGGGUUACGUAAAGAUGGCAUUGAUUAUAACGGUGUUCUCUAUGCUGGUCUAAUGCUAACUAAGGAUGGACCAAAAGUUUUAGAAUUUAAUUGUCGUUUUGGAGACCCUGAGACUGAAGUUAUACUGCCCUUACUUAAAUCAGACUUAUAUUCUAUUAUGUAUAACUGCGCUACGAACCGCUUGAGCGAGACGAUAGUAGAGUGGCAGGAAAACUCUUACGCCGUUGGCGUUGUUAUGGCUAGUGCCGGAUAUCCAGAAUCUUCGACUAAAGGAUGCGUUAUAAAUGGAUUACCCGAAAAUUCUGAUAAAGAUAUAAUUUUCCAUAGUGGCGUUGCAGUUAAUAAUGACAACGAAUAUCUAACCAAUGGUGGUAGAGUAUUGAUUGCUGUUGCGGUUCGUGAUAACUUAGAAGAAGCAAUUAAUGAAGCAACCAAAAUUUGCCGCGGUGUUACCUUUUCCGGUGCUGGAGCCCAGUUUCGGACUGAUAUUGGUGCUAAAGGCUUAAAAGUCCAACGAGGAAACGAUAAAGUAGCCAAAUCGCUUUCUUAUAAAGACAGUGGUGUCGAUAUUGAUGCUGGCGACGAUUUGGUUCAACGAAUCAAGCCACUCGCACGUGGUACAUCACGAAGUGGAGUAUUAGAUGGAAUAGGAGGUUUCGGUGGACUUUUUCGUUUAAGACAGCUAAACUAUAAAAAACCACUUUUAUCUGAAGCUACAAAUGGUGUGGGUUCUAAAAUAGGUCUUGCCUUAGAGUACCAAAUGUAUGAAAGAAUUGGCUAUGACUUGUUAGCUAUGUGUGCGAAUGAUGUUCUUGAGUCGGGUGCAGAACCGGUUGCGUUUCUGGAUUACAUAGCUUGUGGCAAGUUGGAAGUACCGAUUGCGGCUCAAAUAAUAAAAGGCAUGGUCGAUGGAUGUAGAGAAGCGAAGUGUGCGUUGUUAGGUGGUGAAACUGCAGAGAUGCCGUCAGUUUAUGCAGUUGGCAAGUAUGAUCUUGCUGGUUACUGUGUAGGCAUAGUGGAACAGGAGUCAGUGCUUCCCAAAUUUAGUGACUAUGAAGAAGGUGAUAUGAUUAUAUCUCUGCCAUCAAGUGGCUUACAUUGCAGUGGUUUUAGUUCCAUACUACGUAGCUUAAAUGCUUUAGACGUAAACCUGGGUAUAAAGUCAGAAUUUGGUAAUCGACAUAGAACAUUAGCUCAGGCAUUAUGUGAACCAACUAAACUUUAUGUCAUGGAAGUGUUAAACUUUUUAAAGGGUCAGGCCGUGAAGGCAAUUGCGCAUAUCAGUACUGGAUUAUUACCAGAUGUGCAACGCAUUAUUCCAGACGAUUUCGAAACUUGUUUGGACUUUGGUGCACUCAAAAUUCCUGACGUAUAUGGUUGGUUAGCUGUUAAAUUAAAACUCACUCCUGAAACAUUACUGGAGAAUCUAAAUUGUGGUAUUGGCAUGGUUUUGGUUGUACCAAAAACCAACACAAACUGGAGAACUAUGUUAACUGGUGCUAAGAUUCUGGGAAUCAUUAAACGUAAAGGUGCUGCGCUUCAAAAACAAAUUGAAGUACGAAACUUUGUUGAAACCCUGGAAGAUGUCUCGAAACAAUUUGGGCAGUUUGGAAACAACGAACUUACUGACCCACAGAAUAUUAAUGUUCAAAAGGAAUUAACUACUCAAGCAGAAGGGCGUACGAAUACUUUUAUUGCUCAAAACGGAAAAAUAUUAACAGCAGUACCGACCGAAUAUAAGGACCCAAUACUUGUAAUGGGAACAGAUGGUGUGGGAACGAAAAUAAAAAUCGCUCAACAAAUAGGACGAAAUAAUACAGUUGGUAUAGAUUUGGUAGCGAUGUGUGUAAAUGAUAUAUUAUGCAAUGGAGCUAAACCACUUACAUUUUCAACUUAUUAUGCUUGCGGAGAACUUAACACCCAAACUACCAAUGCGUUGGCGGCUGGUGUUCUCGAAGGUACUACACAAGCUGAUAGUGCUUUGAUAGCUAUAAAAUUAUCUGAAGUUCCUUUAUUGUACAAACCUGGUGUUUACGAUGUUGCUGGAUUUGCGCUUGGAAUAACAAAUUUUGACCACAUGUUGCCUCGGGAAUUCGACAUUGAAGUAGGUGAUUCUCUUAUCGGCUUGCCAUCAUCAGGGCUGCAUAGUAACGGUUUUAGUUUAGUGCACGCAGUUAUGAAAGUUGCGAAUGUAACAUAUGAAGACAUAACUCCGUUCAGUGACAAAACGUUUGGUGAAGAAUUUCUGUAUCCGACAAAAAUCUACGUAUCGGCACUUUACCCUCUCAUUAAACUUGGUAUUGUUAAGGGUAUUGCACAUAUAACUGGAGGUGGUUUAACUGACAAUAUUCCAAGAGUGUUGAAUGAUGAUGUGGGUGUAUAUAUAAAUUCUGACCUAUUUACCAUUCCACCAGUAUUUGGCUGGUUGUCCGCAAUGGGAAAUCUUGCGACAGCUGAAAUGCAGCGCACUUUCAAUUGCGGCAUCGGCGCCGUCAUAGUAAUUCAUCCAAGAUACGAAAAAGCAGUUAUGGAUUGCAUACAAUUUAGCGAACGUGCUUGCAAAAUUGGUAAAGUUGUUCAAAGACAAGACCUGGAGCCACAAGUUACUAUAGAAAAUCUCGAAAAGAAUUUGAAACGUGUACAGAAGGUUAUAAACCAACCACGCAAACGAGUUGCUGUCUUAAUAUCUGGCUCAGGUACUAAUUUGCAGGCUUUAAUAGAUGCAUCGCAGGACACAUCACAAGGCUUGCAUUCUAAGAUAGUUUUAGUAAUUUCGAACAACUCUGACGUAUUGGGCAUAAAAAGAGCAGAAAAAUUCAAUAUACCGACAAUUGUAUUGUCGCACAAAGAAUUUAAAUCGCGUGAAGACUUCGAUUCCGAGAUGAGCAAACAUUUGGAAAAUGCAAAAGUUGACAUAAUUUGUUUAGCUGGAUUUAUGCGCAUUUUAAGUGCACAAUUUGUGAAACGUUGGAAAGGACGUUUGAUAAACAUACAUCCAUCUCUCUUGCCAAAGCAUCCCGGACUACAUGUACAGCAGAAAGCUUUGGAUGCGAAGGACAAAGAAUCUGGGUGUACUGUACAUUUUGUGGAUGAAGGUGUCGAUACUGGUGCCAUUAUAGUACAAAAGCGAGUACCUAUUUUGAAAGAUGAUACAGAGGAGAUACUAACAAAUCGUAUUAGAAAAGCUGAGCACUACGCCUUUCCUAGAGCAUUACGUUUGUUAGCCACCGGCUUGGUUAAACUUGGUGAUGACGGCAAAGCCGUUUUUGAAUUUUAAAUUUUGUUAAUUAUCUUUAGCCUUUAAAUCAGUACCAGUAUAUAUAUAUACAAUACGUUCUUCAUUUUUGGUUUUAUUAAGAUGUAGAAAAAAGCAACCAUAUGUAAUUAAGAACAAAUAAAUAUUUAAUGCUAAGAAACUAA